AUGGGAUGCCGAGCCCAGGAUUUAGGUCUUGAGUUCAGCGCGGAGCUCCUACUUCCAACACUUGCCUUCCCGCGUCUGCCUCAUGUCAUCAUCAUCCUUGACCGUAGCAGCAAAGUUUCUGGCCCAAGAGAAACAAUGAGGUUGGAGUGGGGUUGGCUGUCCGUAGUCAAAGGGGGAUUCAAAAGAGGCCAGCCACAGUUGAUGGUUCAAGAAUCAGCGGAGAGUUGGAGAAGAGGGUGUGAAGAGGAGGCCACCGAGGGCGAGGCCAUGGGAACGAAAGAAGAUGGGAUAGACGCCUCAGUGAGGUACGUAAUUGGCGAGGACGUACCGAGCUCUCAAGGGGCGGGCGGCGUGUGCGUCCGAAGGAUUCUGGAUGCUCGGGAGAUACCUGGACACGUUACGUCGGUACGUACCUACGCCUGCAAGUACAUUGGGACGAAACCGCGAAAAACUGCCUUGUAG